AUGAGCGAGCUUGACCAAUUGAGGCAAGAAGCUGAACAGCUUAAAAGUCAAAUCAGGGAAGCACGGAAAGCCGCAAAUGACACAACUCUUGCCUCAGUCGCUGCCAAUUUAGAACAAAUUGGACGAAUACAGAUGCGUACGAGGCGGACGUUACGAGGUCAUUUAGCUAAGAUAUAUGCUAUGCAUUGGGCAAGUGAUUCAAGAAAUUUGGUUUCAGCUUCACAAGAUGGUAAAUUAAUUGUGUGGGAUUCAUAUACAACAAAUAAAGUUCAUGCUAUUCCACUUCGUUCAUCAUGGGUAAUGACUUGUGCAUAUGCUCCAUCAGGCUCUUAUGUAGCAUGUGGAGGUUUAGAUAACAUUUGCAGUAUCUAUUCAUUAAAAACACGUGAAGGAAACGUCCGUGUAUCAAGAGAACUACCAGGUCAUACUGGAUAUUUAUCAUGCUGUAGAUUUUUAGAUGACAAUCAAAUUGUAACCUCAUCUGGAGAUAUGACUUGUGCAUUAUGGGAUAUUGAAACAGGACAACAAGUAACCGCCUUUACAGGACAUACUGGUGAUGUUAUGUCUUUAUCUCUUUCCCCUGAUAUGAGAACUUUCAUUUCUGGAGCUUGUGAUGCUUCUGCUAAAUUAUGGGAUAUUAGAGAUGGAAUGUGCAAGCAAACUUUCCCUGGUCAUGAAUCUGAUAUUAAUGCUGUAGCAUUUUUCCCAUCAGGUCAUGCUUUUGCUACUGGAUCAGAUGAUGCAACUUGCAGAUUAUUUGAUAUUCGUGCUGAUCAAGAAUUAGCAAUGUACUCUCAUGAUAAUAUUAUUUGUGGUAUCACUAGUGUUGCUUUUUCGAAAUCUGGAAGAUUAUUAUUUGCUGGUUAUGAUGACUUUAAUUGUAAUGUAUGGGAUUCUAUGCGUCAAGAAAGAGCAGGAGUACUUGCUGGUCACGAUAAUCGUGUAUCUUGUUUGGGUGUUACAGAAGAUGGGAUGGCAGUCUGUACUGGAUCAUGGGACAGUUUCCUUAAAAUUUGGAAUUAA